AUGGAAUGGCGUGAAAAGGCUGAAAAAGAACUGGGAGAAUCACAUGAGAUCUCCCAAAAUGCAAUAAAACAAUUCAGACACUUACUGAGGAUAAAUCGGGAGAAUGUACCAUUUGGAUGGCGUGAUGAUGCGUUCCUGCUGCGUUUUCUGCGCGCCAAAAAGUUUGACGUCGACAAGGCAUAUCGCAUGACUCUAAAGUACUUCCGGAUGAAGCAACAGUCACCACAGAUCUUUAGGGUGUUUCCGCCUUCAGAUGUACGACACAUUCUUGAAAUGCAAAUGCAGUAUAUGAUUCCCUUGAGGGAUCCCUGUGGUAGACAAGUAUUCAUCUUCCGUGUAGACAAAUGUGAUCCAUAUCGGUGUUCAGUUGAAAAUGUCUUCCGCACAAAUGUUUUGAGUCUCGAGAGUGUCGUAAAGAGCUCAGAAACACAAAUAGCGGGCAUUGUCGUUCUACUGGAUAUGGCCGGAGUGAGCUUAAGUCACAGUCGCUUCCUAUCACCACAAUUUGCUCGAUACACCGUAGAAGUGGUCCAAGAUGCCUUCCCUCUACGUUUUAAGGCAUUUCAUAUUCUUCAUGAGCCUUUCUACUUUGAUGCAAUUCUCGCUGUUCUGAAGCCAUUCUUGCGAGAAAAGAUCCGAAAAAGGAUUUUCUUACAUGGCAGCGAUUUGGCGUCACUCUAUCGAUUUAUUCCACAAGAAAUCCUUCCGGCGGAAUAUGGAGGCCUUCAGCCGCCUUUCGACAACACCAUGUGGCGCCAGCAAAUCCUCAAUGACGAGGUAUAUUACAAAAAUCUGGAAAAUUAUCAAAUCCAGGAGGAUAAUUCUACAAGCAAGAUUGAGGUGUGUUCGCAUAUGUAUGAGCAAGCUGUUGAAGAUUUUGACGAUGAAACGGAAGACAGUGAAUUUGAGGAUGCCACAUAUUUCCUGGAUGAUCCACCCAGCAGCAGUGAGAAAUUGACACUCUAA